GAAGGAUUGAACUGAUUAUUCUACAUGCUACAGAGGGGAGCUAUACAUAAAGAAAUGUCUACGUUGAUGUCGUAUAGCUGUCAACAUGUAGUCAUGCGACAUAGCAACCAAUCAGUAGAUAAGCGCUCAUGCGGCCAACUGCAAGGAGACACCUCAACCGUGACAGAUAUUCUCUCUCAAAUGACUAAAAGCCGUCCAGAAGUAUAUAUUUCUUCUUCGUAUAGCCAUUAGUAGCAGCACUAACUGUAAAGAACCCAAGCACCGUUUAAACUCGUCCACAUUGUCCAUUACUAGCAGGUUUUAAAUAAUGGAGAACCUAAAACAGUACCUUGACAGACUGCAGAUCAGAUGGGAGAACUUG